UUGAGUUUACUUAUAACUUGAAUUCGACGCGCCAGUUGUUGUUGGGAGUUUCGUAAACAUGUCGGGGCGCCAUGUUAAACUUCGGAUCGUGCCGAGCAAUAUCGGAGCAGUCCACUGGUGCGUCAAGGGCAACUUUCUGUAGAGGCAGUCUUGGCACCCACUUCUCGUGCAUUGCUGGUGAUCAGCUUCACUGCCCGUGGGCUUGGAUUCCAGCUCGGCUCCAGCAUUGGCCUGACUGAACACGGCAUAUUGUGACAUGAUGGAAGGUGAUCAGGGGACCGGUGCGUCCUCCGAAGAGCCCCGGGCAGAGAGCGCUGCUGCCGCUGCGUCCGACAGCUUUUCCCAACUGUGGACGGACGUAAUGGGGAUGCUGGAUGGUUCUCUGGGCAACAUAGAUGACCUUGCCCAGGAGUACUCUGAGUACUACAACACCUGCUUCAGUGACGUCAAUGACCGCAUGGAGGAGCUACGCAAAAGACGAGUCUCCCAAGAGGUUGACAUGGAGAAACAAGAUCCAAGCAGCACGUCCCUGCAGCUCCGUUCUGAGAUCCAGGAAUCCUUAGGCUUCAGCAGUGAGGUGUCCACUCCAGAAACGGACAGAAAAAUGUCCCUGCACAAAUCUAGCUCUGAAGAAGGAUCUGGAGGUAAAUGGGACAACAAGAAGAAAAACAAAUCUUUUUGGCAGAACUUCCGCAAGUCUCAGCACAAACCAGUCAUGAGACAGACAUCCAAAGGAGAAGACAUAGGCUUCGUGGCAAGUGAGAUCACCAUGAGCGACGAAGAGCGAAUCCAGCUCAUGAUGAUGGUGAAAGAGAAGAUGAUCACCGUUGAAGAAGCUCUUUCCCGGCUGAAGGAGUAUGAGAGCAGCAGACAGUCCAGCAGUACUGACACUGCAGAGUGGACUGACGGAUCUGCAUCCAAUCUAAACCAGUCCUCAAACUGCAACUCUCGUGAACAGUCAGACGAUGAGCAGUCGGAGGAUUCUGUGAAGUUCAAGCGGCUUCACAAGCUGGUUAACUCGACUCGCCGCGUCAGGAAAAAACUCAUCAAGGUGGAGGAGGGCAAGAAACAUGGCUCUGAAGAUUUUCUGAAUCUGGGGGCACCUUCCACCUGUGAGGACAACGCAGCUCUGUAUACAGGGGUCCUAAAGAGGCCCCCUUUGCCCCAGGAGAUCUCCCUCACCCAGGAUCAGCUCUCUCUGGAUGGAGACACGGACAGUCUGACCAACUCCCCAUCCUCCAGCAGCCUGGACACCUGGUCUGGACACAAGCUGGUCAAAACCUUCAAUAAAUCUUCCAGCACCCACGGCCUCAUCCGCCCCCCCAGGAGAACCCCAGUUAGCUCUGGGGGCCUGGGCGGCUCCAAUUCUGGCGUGGGUGGUAGUGGCUCUUCCUUCUCAGAGCUGGAUGGCUGUGGAUUGGACGACGAAGGAAAGCUCUCCCGCUCCACAACCGACGGCGAGAUGCGGAAGGCCCUGAGCUCCAUCUCCCAUGGGAGAACGUGCAGCUUUGGGGGCUUUGACCUGACCAACCGCUCGCUCCAUGUGGUCAACGUGGGCUCUGAGGCCAACAGUAAAGAACAGGAGGCCAUAUACAGAGAAGUGGUUAAAUCCCCCACCACGUCGCGGAUCUCCCUGGGCAAGAAGGUCAAGUCGGUCAAGGAGACGAUGAGGAAACGCAUGUCGAAGAAAUACAGCAGCUCCUUAUCUGAGCAGUCCAGUCCGGAUGGAGCCCCUGGAUCUCCUCGGUCCCCUCAGCCCGACACCGACUCUCUGGAGAAGCCAAAGCUGAAGGCCGGAGGCUCGGUGGAAAGUCUGCGUAGUUCACUCAGCGGACAGAGUUCAAUGAGUGGUCAGACAGUGAGCACCACUGACUCGUCAGCCAGUAACAGAGAAAGCGUGAAGUCGGAGGAUGGCGAUGACGAAGAGCCGCCUUAUAGAGGGCCGUUCUGUGGCCGCGCCAGAGUCCAUACAGACUUCACCCCGAGCCCCUACGAUUCGGACUCCCUCAAACUAAAGCGCGGUGAUGUGAUCGACAUCAUCAGUAAGCCGCCCAUGGGAACGUGGAUGGGCCUGCUAAACAACAAAGUGGGCACCUUCAAGUUCAUCUAUGUGGACGUGCUGAGUGACGAAGAGGAGAAGCCCAAGAGGCCCGUGAGGAGGAGGAGGAAGGGCCGACCACCCAAACCCACAUCAGUGGAGGAGCUGCUGGAGCGCAUCAACCUCAAAGAGCACAUGCCCACGUUCCUGUUCAAUGGCUACGAGGACCUGGACACCUUUAAGUUGUUGGAAGAGGAGGACCUGGAUGAGCUGAACAUCAGAGAUCCUCAGCACAGAGCGGUGCUGCUCACUGCCGUAGAGCUGCUCCAGGAGUACGACAGCAGCAGUGAUCCAGAGCGUGGCGGCCUGUCGGGCUCCCAGGAGAAGCUGCUGUCUGAAGGUCGGGGCCUGGUGGGAGACUCCCCGCGAGACUCUGGGUGCUACGAGAGCAAUGAGAACCUGGAGAAUGGUAAGAGCAGAAAGGCUUCGCGGUCCAGUCGUUCUUCGGCAGGCCUCCAGUCUCCCGACUACCCCACACUGCCCAUGACCCUUUCAACAGAGGCUCUGCAGCAGAACAGCAAGAACCAGCGCACAAAGUUCCCAAAGAGCUUCUUCAUCAAACCCUCACUGAAGGGCUUCAACCUACUUGGUCUGCGCAAAACCCAAAGACGGUCCCCCAUCCCAGCCAGUCGCAGCUGUGAGGACCUGGAUGGACCCCCGCAGCCCACUGAACCCUGGAAACGCUCCCACUCUCUGGGAGAUCUGCACUAUGAGCAGACUUAUGAGCAGAAGAAUCUAGGUGUGGAGCUUAAACUCACCAAGGAAGGACCCAAAUCGGACAACAGUAGUCCCACCAAGGUCUGUAGAGAUGAUGGUUCCCCAGCUCAGAAUGGGACUCCAACAGUAAGCCCAAAAGGAAGGGCCAACAGACCACCCGUGCCCUCCGUGCUGCCUCUCCGGCCCUCUCAUACCACCCAGUCUUCCAACCCUCCAGAGCUCCUCUCCAGUCCUUCUUCAAGUCCCCCUGAUUCUAGUGCGAGUGGGGAGAGGGUCAUCCGGAGUCACUCCAAAAAGCCUCCAGUCCCUCCUCCUGUUCCUGCCAAGAAGUCAAAGGGAAGACUCGCCAACGGCCUGCGUCAACCCCCUCUCUCCCUGCCUUCCUCGCCAUCACCUAUUGCCUCUCCCACCCACUCCCUCCCCCGUUCUCAUCCCAGUAGCCCUAUAAUUCGCAGUCCCGGCUACGGUGCCCCAGCUCUGCCUGCCAAGAACCCAAGCAACCCCACCAGCCCCUGCGCCACCUCACCCGCCUCAUCCAUAAGCGAGGAGUCCGACACUCCACCAGCAGUGCAGCCUCCGUGGUUCUCAGACCGGGGGGGCAAGGUGGCUGUUGCAAGGAAGGUCUCCCAUGCCAAGAUGAGUCCUGACCUGCUCACCCUCCUGGAACAACGGCUGGAGGCCGAGGGCAUCGAUCUUACGGAGGAGCCCUACUCUGACAAGCACGGCAGGUGUGGCAUCCCUCAGCCGCUUGUGCAGCGUUACUCUGAAGACCUGGAGCAGCCUGGCAAGGACGUGGCCUCCACCAUGGACCAGCUCCGCGUCAAAGAGCUGCGGAAACAACACCGCAUGGCUAUUCCUUCUGGAGGUUUGACAGAGAUGUGCCGAAAGCCUCUGCCCUCAGGUAACAUCAACACGGUCUCUGAUUGGCUCACCUCCAUCGGCCUGCCGAUGUACGCCACAUCUCUGGCGGCGGCGGGAGUCGACACGCUGAGUCGCGUGGCCUUGUUAACGGAGAGCGGCGUGCGGGAAGCGGGCGUGCGGGAUGAGAGACACGCUCGCCGGCUGGUCAGCGAGGCGCGAUUGGUCGGCUCGCACAGAGCGGUGCAGUCCUAACCGUGUGGGUGGAGCCCGUAUGUCAACUCACUGGUCAGCAACCGUCUCAUUUAUACACGGUCAGUAGGUGGCCAAAGACUAAUUGGCCACAGGAAUCGAGGAUCACACCAGUGACCACAGCACCACAGUACUUCCUGUCUCGCAUGUGACUUCAAGUGAGCCUCCCCGCUCUCUGAUUUUCUCUCUUUCUCUUUUUUUCAAAUGUUUACGGCAUUGAGGAGUUUCUCCUAACAGCCAAGACAAGAUAUCAGAUGCCUUUUUUAAAAAGAAAACAACAAAAACAAAAAAAGACUGUAGACUCACUGUGGGAUGGCUCCCAUUCUGAAGACACCGCCAACGUCUUGAAAUCAAGACUUUGAUCUGCCUUGAAGGACGAUAGCACACUCUUUUGUAGGAUGGAUGAUUUUUAAAUACAGAAAGGACGGUUUACUUCCUGCAUAUUUCAUAAGCGCUUUCAUUUUCAUCUUUUGUGGCACGGCAACAUUAUCUGUGGGUCUUUUAAGGAAGUAGCUCGGCCAAAGUGAUUUACUGCGUAUUAAGCGUUGCAUUCCCACUAAUAGGUUCAUAAUGACGAUGACAGAAUUCACUUAAUAUCUGGACUUUUAAUAAACUCAAUACAUACACCAAACUAUGAAUAAUUGGUGGUUUUAAGAUGGCUUAUUUUGUAUAAUGUUUCUGUAUUAUAGAAUUAUUCAUAUAUUCAUUUUUAAAUGAUUUAUCUGUCAACAUGUGUGUUUGCCUUUUGAAUGUUGCUGCCUUAUUUUGAGGCCAGCUCUGUCAUUUCUAAGCUGAAACGGCUGACGUCACACCUUUAUAUUUCAUAUUAUACUGUCUGUCCUAUUUCACUGCAUAUCUUGGAUGCACACCCUGCGCCGAUAUUAAUACAAGUCUUACAGAAAGCUCUGCUUCACUCGAGUAAUAACACUCAGCUUUUUACAGAAACAAAACAUUCCCAGUGUAUGCAAGCACAUUUUAAGUUGCCUUACCAUUACGAAUGAAUAGCUUAAUCAAAUAAAACAUAUGUGUAUUAUGGGGCUGAACUGUGCUAAAGGUGCAAGCCUUUUUUGUUCUGAAUGUGUCUGAGAAAUAAUUGAGAUUUGAAAUAUGUACACACACACACACAGCUCAUUUCAAGCGUACACAUGGACCACAAAACAUCCUUGGGAUGGGUUGUGAAGCUCAGAUGAUGAAACCACAGACGCACCACAGUGUACAUUUUCCAUGCAGAGGGUUGCGGGAGGAGAACAUCUGGCCUGUCGUAUCUGGAAUUUAUAGGACUGUCUACACUUUGAUUACAGUUGGUUUGAGGAAUUAGAUUUAUAGCUGAAUAAUAAGCGGUUUGGGACUUUUUCAACACAUUAUACUUUAGCUGUAUAAUCAAUGUCGGUCUGAAAUUCUUAAUUGGGACUUUUCUCAAACACACUGAGGACGGAUGGUAGGAGCAGGUAUAUCAGGUGAAACGCUGACCUCGGCAUACACAAUGACACUAAAUAGUAAAUCAGGGAAACACUGCGUCGGGUCAGCCUGUUACAAAAAAAAAUGAAGAAAAGAAACCGCAAACAGCCAGAAAGUCAUCGCUCUUUCAUUUGCGCACUCUGCAUGAAAACGAGCCAACAUUUGUAUUUUUAACCCCUCUUAUUUCUAACAGUAACGUUCUAUCUUUCAUAGUCAGAACUGAACUAAAGACUAAUUCCAUGGUGUUCAUAUUACAAAAAGUUUACCCGAGUGUUAUUGCUAAAAUUAGAAGACCUUUUUUUUGUUGUUGCAGUGGGCACUUGAUAGGUAGAUGUUUGAUGCCUUUUCUCUCUUCAAUCAAAAGUGGUGCUCGGAGAAAGCGAUGGUGUAAAGAAUAAAAAUACUGACACUGUAAAUGCACUUUAGAGGGUGAAUCUAGCUGUUUUAUGGGCAGAAUUGGCUACAUUUUGUUCACGGGUCCAUAAAUGGACAUUUGUUGUCAGGUAUUGUAAAGGGUUUCGGUGGGUUUUGCUGGUAUUUUAUUAUAGUAUUGAGUUCCCAAUGCCAAGUUUGAUAACCAUUAACGGGUUAAACUGUUCCAGUUACUCACUUCCAGUUUGUUUUUGCAGUCUUAUAAAAAAAAAAAAAUUACAUUAAUUCCAUAUAUGAAAUGUUUAGCAGAAGUUACACAUUUUGUAUAUGUAAUUGAUAUUUAAAUAACUUAUUUUUGCUUUUUUUUCACAUCAAUUGUAAUUAGCUGUACUAUAUGAAUAGCAAUACCUUCCUGCAUAAUGCAUAUUGCUUUAGCCAGUGAGGAACUACAGUAUGUAUUGUAAAAUAUGUGUACAAAUUAUUUUAUUUGGUUUCAUCUACCUAAUGAUUGUCCAUACAGAUUUGCUUGUGUAUUGAAACAACAAAAGUAAU